GAGGAGAGAGCUGGUGGUUUGGGAGUUAUGGAUUAGUCGACAAAUUGUUCCAUACACUUUAUCUCUUUUCAAGGCAGAGACAGGUGGAGACAGCUUCUUUCUCCAGCCAUGGAGAUUGUGGUUCAAAGUUCAGUUGGUCAAUAUUCGAAACCCUUCUACAGCUUAGCUAGAAACCGAAUAAUGGCAGCAUCAGUUCCAAUUACAAGAGUUAAAGCAAUGGAUAGGAGAAGAGAGGGAAUUUCACAACUCACUUCUCAUUCUUUUUUUCCUGCUAUUAGGAGAAUAAGAGCAAUGCAUAGGAGCAUCACUUCUUCUCCAACGGGUGAUACAGUUUCUUUUGCAACACCUGAGGUGGGAGUUAGCAAUACUGAAACACGUGAAUGGGCGAUGCAAGAUUUCUAUACUUUAAGGAAGGAUGUAGAAACUGUCUUAGAGCGUGUUCAGGAGAUCAGAGCUGCUGCUGGUCUAAAGCAAUUACAGGAGGAUCUUGCUGCUUUAGAAGCAGCAGCUGCUGAUAGCUCUCUCUGGGAUGAUCGUGCUAAAGCUCAGGAAACACUUCAGGCUUUGACUGAUUGCAAAGACAAAUUAAAGCUUCUCCGUGACUUCAAGACACAGGCUGAUGAUGCAGAAACGAUUGUUAAGCUCACUGAGGAGAUGGACUCAAUUGAUUCAGUGUUUCUUCAAGAGGCCUCUGGUAUCAUAAAGGAAUUGAACAAGGCACUGGAUCGUUUUGAGUUGACUCAACUUCUUUCAGGCCCCUAUGAUAAAGAAGGUGCAGUGAUUACUAUCACAGCUGGUGCGGGCGGCACUGAUGCACAGGAUUGGGCUGACAUGCUUCUCAGGAUGUAUGUGAGAUGGGCAGAAAAGCAGCGCUAUAAAACGAAAGUUGUUGAGAAGUCUGUGGGAGAAGAAGCUGGGAUCAAGUCAGCCACUGUUGAAAUUGAUGGACGGUAUGCAUAUGGCUACCUGUCUGGGGAGAAAGGAACCCACAGGAUUGUUCGACAGUCUCCCUUCAACUCUAAAGGCCUUCGUCAGACAAGCUUCACUGGCAUUGAAGUUAUGCCUCUUCUUCCUGAAGACUCAACAAAUGUUGAAAUUCCCGAAGAAGCCUUGGAUAUCAGCUUUACAAGAGCAGGUGGAAAGGGAGGUCAAAAUGUUAACAAGGUUGAGACUGCAGUUCGCAUCACUCAUAUUCCCACUGGUGUAGCCGUUCGCUGUACAGAGGAGAGGUCACAGCUAGCAAAUAAGAUUAAAGCUCUAAGCAGAUUGAAGGCAAAAUUAUUGGUGAUUGCAGAGGAACAAAGGGCAUCUGAAAUAAAGCAAAUAAGAGGAGACACGGUGAAGGCGGAAUGGGGCCAGCAAAUAAGAAACUAUGUCUUCCAUCCUUACAAGCUAGUAAAAGAUGUAAGGACUGCUUAUGAAACUUCUGAUAUCACUUCUGUGAUGGAUGGUGAGUUAGAUCCUUUUAUCAAAGCCUACCUUAAGCACAAGUACAGUUUGGCAGCAAACCCUAGUGGACUCACUUGAUUAU